UUCAGGGAGCUACAAAUGCGUUGGUGUUGUAAAACACUCAAAAGUGCCCAAUGAACUUCGCAGAAUACCCAUGAUCAACUUAGCCUGCAAUUCUAGGAUGCCAACAGCAGGUGGAGCAACUGCCCUCAGGACAAGCUAAGGGUGGCUCCAAGGGACACAACCAGGAAGGAGCAUAACAGGUGCACAGCCAGGGCUUUUCACCUUUGUCUGCCGUUGCCAUGGAACCGGCCAAUCAGAAUGCACACGGUUCUCAAGGCUUUGGUUGUGUUGUAGCUGGGAAAGAAGGGCAGAAGAGGGCGGGGGCUCAAAGGGACAAGAGAAGCCUGCCAGGUAGAGGAAACGGCAGAGCCAAAAGAAGGCGGACUGGGACAGUGAGUCAGAGAGGCUAACGCAUUCAACAGAAAUGGUUAGAUCCUUGGAAAUCGAAGAAAGCCCGGACAGAAUAAGAAUGACAGAAAAGCCAAGCUCUCUUUCUAUCCCCAAGCUCAAUGGUGGCUCCAAAAUGGACAGUUAUCCCUACGAAGACAACCUGAGUGACAGUGGAGUAUCUGCAGACUUCUCUACAAGCAGCACUUUUGACAACCUCACCAUCAAGACCAACGAGACACCUAUCGAGCAGGAGAUCCGGCGGGCUGUACAACGAGAGGAGAGCCUACGAAGAUCUAGGGGGAUCAAACAUGUUCCGCCAACCACAGAGUAUGUGGAGAUCCCUCUGAAGAAGCCUGUUUUGUACUCCGGCCUUCCUGUGAAGACAGAGCAGAACCAGGGCAAAGACAGACAGAUUGCUGGUAAGAAGAUGCAGAAGGAGAUCCACGCAGAGGUGCAGAGGGAACAGGCUCUGGUCAGGCUCGGGACCGUCCCGGGCGUCUACGACAAAGGCACGGUGCGGCAGCUCAAAGAGAGGAAGCAGCUCUUUGAAGCCUUCCAGGAACCCAGGGACUCGUCCGGAAAUCUCACCCCGAGGACGAGUGCACCAUCCUGGGCUUCCACCAACGACCUUUCCCCCGGGGAGAACCAGGAGAAGGCCUCGACAGCAGCCUCCCCUGCGGGUGGCUUGUCAUCAGGGAGGGGACGGAGCAUGGACCUGCUGAAUCAGAAGCAGCAGCAAAGUCCCACAUCCUCCCCCUGGAACAAGCCCGGGGGUUCCACCUCCUCCACAUCUCCCAAGGGGCCGGGGCUAUCCGAGGGGAACGGUUGCCAGGUGAUCAUCCUGGAGAGUAACCUCCCCUCCCUUAGCCUGUACCCCCCGCAGCCACUGCAGCAGAAUCAGAGAGCAGCCCCCCUCACGCAGAAACAAGCGGUCAAUGGGAUCGGCUCGGGGACAUCCAGCGCUUCUGCGUCCCUUGGGAGGGAAGAUGGCCUGGGGAGAACAGAGGGAGAGGAGGAGGAGGAGGAGGAGGAAGAGGAGGAAGAGGAGCCCCUUCCCAAGGAGAACCCUUUUUUUAAACUGCGCCCCUCCUUAGCGGUGGACAAAGUGGAGCAGGAUAUCCGGGAGGCUCAGCAGCGGGAGAGAGAGCUCCGCAGGCAGAGAACCAGCCUGUACGGGGCCGCGAGGGCCAGGGGCGAGGAGAAGGCCAGUGGAGGGGGAAUGGUUAAUGGUGGGGGAGAACAGCUAUCCCCGUGCUGUGUUACGUCUCCUUCAGUCGACCCACUGGCUCCUCGUUCCCAGCUGUUCUCCCUGAGGCCCAGGCUGGCUGGGGCCCCAUCAGCGCGCCAGUCUCUUGGUAGACUGGGCCUGUGGCCCCCCCCAUCUCAGGAUGAAGAGAAGAACGAUAUCCAGCUGGAGAGUCCCAGGGCUGCCAGACAGAAGACACCUCUGCUGCAGCACUGGGAGACAGGACUGGUCAACAUGGGACACAAUGACGAAGACCAGUAGGAGGAAAAACUGAGAGAGUGGGAGAGAGAGUGGGAGAGGAAAAAAGAAAAGGGGGAGACAGAGGGAGAGAUAGAGAGGGAGAGAGAACGAGAAAGAGAGGGAGAGGAAGAGGGGGGAAGAGAGACAGAAGUGAUGGAGAUAGACAGGAAGGGGUUGGUUUCAAAGCCCUUGCCAACAAGAAUGAAGAACAAAAAGUUUUGUUUAUGUUGCUCUAACAUCAACCUGCCAGGGUUUAGCUUUUUAACUAAAUCUGGUGCAUUUAUAUGUCCGAUGUAAUGGCCAUGUUGAUUAAUGCACACUGUCCCUUUUAAAUAAAUAAAAUGAUAGGAAUAUAACUUGAUUGAGGUUUGACUUAAGGAAAUGUGAUCCGAUAGGAUGGAGAAAGAAGGGAAUGGUGGGAAGAACUCGGAGAGCCCUAGUGGAUGGCGCUUCACACAUAAGUCACUUUGUAUAGAUAGAUAGAUAGAUAGAUAGAUAGAUAGAUAGAUAGAUAGAUAGAUAGAUAGAUAGAUAGAUGGAUAGAUGGAUAGAUGGAUAGAUGGAUAGAUGGAUAGAUAGAUAGAUAGAUAGAUAGAUAGAUAGAUAGAUAGAUAGAUAGAUAGAUAGAUAGAUAGAUAGAUAGAUAGAUAGAUCACAGCAACACAGGACAAGACAAAACAGAAACCCAGGGCGCAUAAGAAAAUAUGCAAUAACAAACAUUCAAAAAGGCACUAGUGUGUGUGGAGUAUGGAGAUGAGUCACAUAAUGGAAUUCAAUGGUACACUUGUUUUCUGUACACCCCUUAUGUUCUAAAUUGAAUUGCCCACCCCAAAAAAUCACCACAAUUUUUAACCAGCUAAAACAGCUUGAACAACUGGUUAAAACCCUUUCAAAAGCAGAUGCAACCAAAGUCAUACGAAGAGUGAACCUGAGGUUUCAUCUGUAGCCCAAGCAUUAUGCAUAUUUUAUGUAAUUUAAAUUCAACAGAAUUAAUUAUAUUUUUUUAUUUGAAUUAUUUUUCCGGUUGUAUUGCCUUGUGCUUAGAAAUAUAUUUUUAUUUAAAUUUGUAUUAACCUCAUGCUUGGAUUCUUAAGCAUGUUUGGGUAUAACAGAUUGAAUCAUCAGUCAAAUCACUUUGUCAUUCAUCAUGGUCUUUGCAUACAACAUGGAUUGAGAUAAAAUUGGUUAUUCUUUCAUUUACGUCUUAAUAUUGGGUCUUUAGUGUCAUUUCCAUGUAACCAUAUGGAUCGUCUGGUUAAUCACAGGGCUAAGCAGUUCACAGUUGUUCAGAAAGUUUGGGUUGAUACGAUUUUUUUCAAACAAUUAUAUUUUAUGGAGCACAUGUUUUUUUUUCUUAUUAUCAGUGUUCUAUUAUUAAAAUGAAAGCCUUAAUAUCAAAACUUUUAUUGCAUUGUGGAUCGCAAUGAUACUGGAAUGUUAUUGGUAAUAAUUUUGUUUUGGCCAUGGUCAUUAGUCAUUGUUAAGACAGCAUGAAAUGAUUUGUCAUUAUGGGGAUAUAUUGAUCUGUUUAACACUGCCAAAGCGCGUCCUAUGUGAGACAUGGCAAAACAACGUUUUCAUUAGCCUUUUAGGUUACAUUAUAUUUACGUUGAUAUGGGAGUUUACAGUCGACAACUCUAUCAAUGCAUAGCAGAAUAGUAGUAUCACCAACAAAGAGUGAUACAUUCUGAUGUAAAACCGUAUACUGUGUUUAUUUAGGAGACUUACCAAGCUGAUAAAAUUUAUGUUUGUAAUAAACCAGUCAAAUUGAUUAUUUUACAACAGAAGGCGUUUCACAAUGACCAAUUUUACACUCCAGCUGUUCUACUUUAGCCUUGCAUCGCCAGACGAAUUGCAAACUGCAAUGGAACCUCUCUGUUCAUGUUAGAGUUCCAAAAAGCAUCCCCAAGGGGCGCAGACAACAAUGCCUCUGGAUGCAAUUAGAUACGCCUACAACCAAUCAGAGCAAAGAUACGGGUGACGCAGCACUGAGCAACGAAAUGCCAUAUUUCUUCUCACUAAAGUAUUAAGUUCAGUUGGUUGUUCUUCUUUUAGUGAAAAUAUACAUUCCAGUUUGUUUAACACGGUGUCGAUAACCGUCAGUAUAGUUGGCAUAAUGAAAAGACUGCCUAUAUCAGCGACAGCCAUCUUUGUUGUUGCCACUACGGUGCUCCUCUGCCCUUUCAUCGUAAUAAUCCCAUCUCAUGUUAGAUAAAUGGUUGUGUUUGCGCUGUCUAUCUCGUACCCGGCAGAAAUCGUUGUGUAUGGGAGGGGAGCCUGACAUAAUCUGCAGAGCAAAUGAAACAUGAGCUCGCAAGAUUUGUUUGGUUACCAGGCAAGUUAUACUUUGUGAUUAGCGUUUUAAUAUUACAACUUAUCUCUGUCCUUCUUUAAUUUGGCACCAGAGAAGGACGAUGAAGGGAACUUAUUCAAAAGUGCUUUGUUUUCUGCUCAACCUGCUUGCCGACGUGCCGCCCAGACCUAAUUUGCUUGGCUCAUCAUUAGGUCUGGUAGGUCCUCAAUCUGCAGUGUAUUUGCUUAUAGGUGUCAUCAAUCAACCUCACUUUACACUCCAUUUGAUUAGCUUCAGCCAGCAGGAUCCCGAGGGCUGUAAGGUAAACAUAGUAAGACUAAUGUUACCCCUACCAAUUUCAUCAAAGUUAUAAUGUACUGUGUUCAAGUAAAACAAAUUUGAUAAAAAUCAGCAUAAAUAUUUUUGCCGUCCAUUGUAGAAAUGUCCAAAAUGGCCCAGCCGGUUUCUUCCUUGUCCGUGGUUGAGCUCGAAUAGUAAAAUAUUAGGUCCUAUGUCCUUUCCUAACCACCUUUCCUUGACCAUGAUGGAAAACAUCAUGAGGUCAAGGAAACAUGUGAAGGAGAAUGCAUGAGAAAGAAGACAACCGCUGUGUUGUCACCCCAGAGGUGUGUUGGUGUGGGGGUCCUAGUCGGGCCCUAGAAUAAGUCUCAG